AUGCACUUCAUUCCUCCGCCGAACCCGCAUACCUUGCUUCCGCCCUUACUCGCCUGCCUGCCUACCGCAUUUGCAUCGCCGCGCCCGCCGCCGGCUUUACUUCCUCUCCUCUCCCCGAUCCUGCGACAGCGCGUGCAGCUACUUUCUGGGAUCGCGACAAACAGUACAGACCCCUCUCAGCCAGAGUCCUGGCUCGCGCUGCUGUCAUGGGACGAGCGCAAAGCGUCGAAGCUCGCGCGGGCCGUCGAGUCCGAUGUGUUUGAGCUGCAUCCCGUGUCCGGCACAGUCGAGUUUACAGACGUCGAAAACAUACUCUACCGCCGCGUCGACGAGGAGACGCUGCAUGCGAAAGUCGGGGUCCCGGAGCUCGAUCUCGUCGUGAUAUAUCUCUGGUGUACGGGCGACGAGAUUGGCGGCGGAGAUGGGUGGAGGGUUACGGACGUGGGUGUGUUUGAGGAUUUUGAGGGGAGUACGUCUACCUCUACAGGUACAGCUACAGCUACGUCUGGAUCAAGACAAGGGCAGUGGGCAGAAAGUAUAGCCCAAGCAGACGAGAAAGCGGCAGAAUAUGCGAUAAAAGAGACGCUUGCCGUGCCGAACGGCAGUACGAUAGCACCGCAGGACGAAGAAAGAGAAUUAGAAGGAGAUGACGACGACGACGACGACGACGACGACGACGACGACGACGAUUACUGGGCGCAAUAUGACCAGACGCCAGCGGGGGGACAAUCGCCCAUGAACGACGGCAUAUCUCCUGGCCCUGGCCCUGGUCCGGUAGCUGGUCCUGCUUCUUCAACACACGCACAAGGAACGAGUCGCGCACGGAGCGCGUCAUCCGAAGCAGAUUAUUUCGAGAGAUACAACGACGUGCAGCCCGCGCUGGACGAUCACGAUCCCGACGAGGAGGAGGCGGCGGAAGGCCUGAACGGGCUUGGCGGAGCCGCAGGCGGAGCCCUUGGAGAAGGAGGAAGACGAGGAGGAAGAGGGACACAUGAGUCGACACUACGCGGCGGAGAAAUCGAGCGUGCCCUUCGCUCGGAAAGUCAGUCUCAGCUACCCGCUGAUGAUGACGCUACUUCAGCGAGGCAAAGAGGAGAUACAGUCACGGACGAGGAUAGAGUGGGUCGAAACACUCGAAUACCAGAGCUCAAUCAUCCCCGGCCAGCGUCCGCAUCGUCGUCGUCGGCCUCGUCGUCGCGGCGGUCGAAUACCGUUGCGCGGCUGGAAGACACGGCGGAGUCGCAAUCGCGCGUGGAGCUGGGGGUGAAGCAGCAUAUCAGCACGAGUUUCAAGGCGCUGUUCAGACUUGCGGCGAGCGCGGGCAUUGAGAAGCAGGAGUUUAAGCGGAUCGUGCGGACGGAGUUGGAUACGCUUGAUUUAUGGGUCGAUGAGUAA